ACUCUCUUUAGCAAACUUUUAAACUUUCCAGUGGUGAGGAAAAAAACAAAGCAUUGAGCUUUCCUCUCCAAAUCACCGUUGCUGAUGCCCUUCUACAGUUUGUGCUUUUCGCUUGUUACCAUAAAUUGGAAUUAGAAUUCCUAAGAUGGCUUAUGAAUUAACCGAGCAAAAAAAGAUUGGGCUGGGUCUCCUUGGGUUUGGUCUAUGUUUCACAUUUCUCGGUGUAGUGCUUUUCUUUGACAGAGGUUUGCUUGCUCUGGGGAAUAUAUUUUGGUUGACUGGAGUGGCCCUUUUACUUGGCUUCCGUUCGACAUGGAAUCUCAUCACUAGCAAAGCAAACAUAAAGGGUUCUGCAUCUUUUCUUCUUGGUCUAUUUUUCCUUUUCGUUCGGUGGCCAAUAGUUGGUAUAAUCUUGGAAAUAUAUGGUUGUCUUGUUCUGUUUGGUCGUUUUUGGCCAUCUGUGAAGGCGUUCCUCUAUGAAGUUCCAAUGUUGGGAUGGAUCAUAAGGUUUCUGUUCUGAUUCUUGAUCUCCUUCAGGACGGGCUUCGGUUGAGCACCCCAUUGAAACCUGGUGUCUGCUUUUGAAAUAUCUCAUGUCUCAUUUUUGUUGUAUCAUAUAUAUGGCUUCGUGAUUCUAUCAGAAGCUGAAGGAGAUGUACCAAUUGGCUUCUUGUGUGUUGGAGAUUUCAGCAUCAGACUAGCCAAAAAGAGAAAGAGAGACUACAAAUUGGCUUCCUAUAUAAUCAACACUUCCUUUGAGGCCUAACCAAGAAAAAAUAUAUGUUCAUUUUAUUGUUUA